AUGGCUGGUAAAUACUGGGUCUAUGAGUUUAUUAAACGACAUUCUGAAGUGCAUAAUCAACAAAGUUCAACACUACAUAGCCAACGAAACAAGGAAGCUGCAGCUGAAAUUAACAAAGCCAAUGAAGAAUUACACGCACUUUUAGAUUCGAUGGACAAAAUAGAAGAAUUUCAGUCUUAUAUUUCUUUAAUUGAUAUAAGCCCAUUACCAAAGGCGAUACACAUUCAGACUCGACGCCAAAAUCCUAGCAUGUCGGAAAUGAUCAUCAAUAGUCCUUUGGACAUGAAAACCAAAAGCAAUCCAAAGAAGAAAUAUAAUAUUAAGAAAGAUAAGGCUACAGAUAAAUCUUUGAAACAAGAAUACUAUUUUGUCCAUUAUAUCGAGAAAAGUACGGAGAUACGGCUAAAGUGUGGAUUGAGUGCACAGUUUGUAAAUCUUGGUGGCACGAAGCCUGUACCAGUUACGAGAGUGGCAUAUUUACUUAUGAUAUAUGUGCAAUGGGUUAAGUUUCUGUUGUGCGUACACUUUGUCGUUGUUGCGUACACUUAA